GCCGCGUGGGCGUGGCGCUCACCCUGGUGGGCGCCACCGCGGGGCUGCUGUUCGGCUACGACACGGGGGUCGUGUCCGGCGCCAUGCUGCUCAUCAGGCCGGAGAUGCAGCUGGAGAACGCGUGGCACGAGUACAUCGUGUCCGGGACGGUGCUGGCGGCCUGGGUCUUCUCGUACGUCGGCGGGUACGCCGUAGACCGCUUCGGCCGACGGCGCUCCAUCGUGGUGGCGGCGCUGGUGUUCACCACGGGCUCGCUGGGCAUGGCGUUCUCGCCCAACAAGGAGCUGCUUCUGGUGGGCCGCAUCGUGGUGGGCAUGGGCGUGGGGCUGGCCAGCAUGAGCACGCCCGUGUACCUGGCCGAGACGUCGGCGCCCGCCGUGCGCGGCAAGGCGGUCACCACCUUCAACGUGGGCGUCACGUUCGGCCAGUUCGUCGCCAGCCUCGUGUGUGGCCUGUUCUCCAGCGUCGAAGGCGGCUGGAGGUGGAUGCUGGGGCUGGCCGGGCUGCCGUCCGCCGGGCUGCUGGUGGGCGCGCUGGUGCUGCCGGAGAGCCCCCGCUGGCUGGUGAUGCAGGGCCGCGUCGACGAGGCCGAGGCCGUGUUGCUGGUGCUGCGUGGCGGGGCGAGCAGCGCGGACAAGCACGCCGGCGUGCUGCGCGAGCUGCAGGAGAUCAAGGACUCGAGCGAAGAGGGCGGCAAGGCCGGCGGCAAGGUGCCGGAGGGCCAGAGCGUCGUGCUGCGGGUGCUGAGGACGCCGUCCGCGCGCAGGCCCCUGAUCAUCGGCUGCAUGCUGGCCUCCGUGCAGCAGCUGGCUGGCGUCAACACCGUCAUGUACUACAGCGCCAGCAUCAUCCAGAUGGCGGGCAUCGGCGACUCCGCCGCGGCCAUCUGGCUGUCCGUGGUGGUGGCGUUGGCCAACUUCACCUUCGCCGUGGUGGGCGUGUUCCUCAUCGAGCGCUGCGGCCGGCGCCCCCUGCUGCUCGGGUCGCUCAUGGGAGUGGUGGUGGCGCUUUGCCUGCUGGCCACCGGCUUCCUCGCCAUGGACAUCACGUCGCCUAAGAUCCACAAACACGACCUCCUGGACGACGACCCGUGCGUCGUGGCCACCCGCUGCUCGGAGUGCGUGUCGUCGUCGCUGGGCUGCGGCUUCUGCUUCGCGACCGACGGCAACAUGUCGGUGCAGUCCUCGUGCCACAAGCUGGGCAGCGGCAACGUGCCCAUGGCGGACGUCUGCCACACGGACGACGUGUCGUGGGCCGUGGGCUGGUGUCCGUCCGCCUACUCGUGGAUCGCCAUCACCGCCCUCGUGCUCUACCUCGUCAUGUUCUCCCCAGGCCUCGGCCCCGUGCCCUGGACCGUCAACUCCGAGAUCCACCCGCUGUGGGCGCGCGGCGUGUCGAGCAGCAUGUCCACCAGCUGCCACUGGGCCUUCAACCUGCUGGUGUCGCUCACCUUCCUCACGCUCGUCGAGAACCUCACGGCCAAAGGCACGUUCCUGGUGUACGCCAUCCUCGGCGUGAUCGGCGCCGUCCUCAUCUGGGCGCUGCUGCCCGAGACGCGCGGCGUCCGCCUCGAGGACAUGGAGGCCGUCUUCAGGACGCCGGCGGCGCGGCCCGCCCGGGGGCUCGACCUCGUCGGCGAGGGCGGGCUGCACCAGGUGGCACCGAGGGUGGCACCCAGGUGA